GUCAUUCAUUGAUUUUCAAGUUUGGGACUUUCCAGGCCAAAUUAAUUAUUUCGACGCACCAUAUGAUGCAAAUAUGAUAUUUGGAGAUUAUGGGGCAUUAAUUUUUGUUAUCGACGCCCAAGACGAUUAUAUUGAAGCUUUAAAUCGUCUUCAUCAUACUGUAACACGAGCAUAUAAAGUCAACCCUGAACUUUCUUUCGAAGUGUUUAUACACAAAGUAGAUGCGUUGUCUGACGAAUACAAAAUUGAUACUCAACGCGAUAUUCAACAACGAAUUACAGAUGAAUUGGCAGAUCAUGACUUGGAACAUGUUCAUUUAAACUUUUAUUUAACCAGUAUUUACGAUCAUUCAAUUUUUGAAGCAUUUAGCAAAGUAAUUCAAAAACUUAUACCUCAAUUGCCAACGUUAGAAAAUUUAUUGAAUAUCUUGUGCGCGAAUUCCGGCAUAGAAAAGGCUUUUUUGUUUGAUGUUAAUUCCAAGAUUUACAUAGCGACUGAUAGUUCACCCGUAGACAUGCAAUCUUAUGAAAUUUGUAGUGACAUGAUUGAUGUAAUCGUUGAUAUAUCCGAAAUUUAUGGCGAUGAAUCAUAUGACGAUCAAUCACAAGUUGAUACCAACGGAUAUUCUGGCAACUAUGAAACUGCAAAUGAUGCAUCAUCAUUGAUUAAAUUAAAUAAUGGAACGAUAUUGUGUCUCAGAGGAGUUAACAGAUUUCUCGCGCUGGUUUGCCUUCUUCGGGCUGAUAAUUUUGAAAAGCACGGAUUAAUAGAUUAUAAUUUUCAAUGUUUUAAAGAAGCAAUAGCCGAAGUGUUUGAACUGAAGCGUCGUAACGCAGAAAGAGUUAAACAUGAAAGGAUGGGAUUAAUAGAGAAUGUAGAUGAUAACGUAGGAGGAUAA